AUGGCCAAGAAAGGCAAAUCGCGUACCCUCCCGGUCCGGCUCAUCUCCAUGGCCAUGACGGGCUACUUCCGAACGAUGAUCCGACCCCGUGCCCACCGCCCCUUGAGCAUGCUCAAGUACGACCCCGUCGUGAAGAAGAAGGUGCUGUUCCUGGAAGCCACCAAGGGCGGCCGCAACCGAUGA